GUCUAGUGUAUAAUGUCACAUUGAAGCUCAGUGCUGAGGUUCAACAUCAACUGAGAUGUUGUGAGACAGUUUUCUGAGUUCUGGAGGAAAGUGCAGAAAUUAUUGAAAUUUUGCUUUUUUUGACUGGAGUCAAGGACAGGGGAGAAUGAAGAGAUUGAUACUGACAAUACUGGCAUCCAUUUUGGCUGCAGCCCUGUCAGCACCACAAUAUGGCUCCUACGCCCCCUAUGGCCGCUACACCGGCGACUACCGAGGUCACUAUGGUGGCUACCAGGGAAGUGUGGUCCACAGGAUCCUUCACGCCUUUGGGAUCCCACACCAGGAUGACUACAACUAUGACUACAACCGUUAUGACAGUCGGUAUGGCUUCGAUGACCCCAAUUAUAACCGCUAUCGCCUCAACAGUCUGACUGGACUCAGACCAGGCUUGAUUUGA